UGGGCCGCAUUGAGGCGCGCGCCGGUGCGACGUCAACGCAGACCACUAAGCUGUCCUGACCUGUGUACCGCCGCCCGGCCGCAGCUGAGUCCUCCGAGGGCCCGGGUCGGGCGGUUUGUUGAGUACCUUUGCGGCCGCCAUGGACAACUCCGGGAAGGAAGCGGAGGCGAUGGCGCUGCUGGCCGAGGCGGAGCGCAAAGUGAAGAACUCACAGUCCUUCUUCUCGGGCCUCUUUGGAGGCUCAUCCAAAAUAGAGGAAGCAUGUGAAAUCUACGCCAGAGCGGCGAACAUGUUCAAGAUGGCCAAGAACUGGAGUGCUGCCGGAAACGCCUUCUGCCAGGCAGCCCAGCUGCACCUGCAGCUCCAGAGCAAGCACGACGCGGCCACCUGCUUUGUGGACGCCGGCAACGCGUUCAAGAAAGCCGACCCCCAAGAGGCCAUUAACUGCUUGAUGAGAGCAAUUGAGAUAUACACAGACAUGGGCCGGUUCACCAUCGCGGCCAAGCACCACAUCUCCAUUGCUGAGAUCUACGAGACGGAGCUGGUGGACAUCGAGAAGGCCAUCGCCCACUAUGAGCAGUCUGCAGACUACUACAAAGGCGAGGAGUCCAACAGCUCUGCCAACAAGUGUCUGCUGAAGGUGGCUGGUUACGCGGCGCAGCUGGAGCAGUAUCAGAAGGCCAUUGACAUCUACGAACAGGUGGGGACCAAUGCCAUGGACAGCCCACUGCUCAAGUACAGCGCCAAGGACUACUUCUUCAAGGCGGCUCUCUGCCACUUCUGCAUCGACAUGCUCAACGCCAAGCUCGCUGUCCAGAAGUAUGAGGAGCUAUUCCCUGCGUUCUCCGACUCCCGGGAGUGCAAGCUGAUGAAAAAAUUGUUAGACGCCCACGAGGAACAGAACGUGGACAGCUACACCGAGGCGGUGAAGGAGUACGACGCCAUCUCCCGGCUGGACCAGUGGCUCACCACCAUGCUGCUGCGCAUCAAGAAGACAAUCCAGGGCGACGAGGAGGACCUGCGCUAGGCCCGCCUGGCCCCCUGGCACCCAUCUCCCUGCCCCGUCCGCUCUCCCCCAGCCUGGCCCUCCAGUGAGGAUCGCGAAGAGCCCAGAGAGGUGGGACCCGAGACGUUGGCUGCGAGACCUUCCCUACUCCCCGCCAAGGAGUCUCGCAAGCCACGGCACAGGCUCCGCACUGCUUCGGGGGCCCCUGAGGCUAGGCCCGCUGGCCAGACGGUCAUACUCUGUUCCCGCCGCAUCCCUUGCCCCCUGCCCCUUUAUUUAAGCCCCCGGAGGUACCCUUCUCCCCCCCGACACGCAGAGUCAUUGAUGCAGACCUAUUUGCUGUGGGUGCUGCCAGGGGUCAGGGUCAGCAUCUGGCCCCCCAUCUCCCAACCAGCUGAGUCGUGAGGUUGGUGUCUGUCUCUCUACCUUUGUCCCCCAGCCGAGCUCUGAGCCCACGUAGCCACCGUGAUUUGCUGUCACUGCUGGGGGUGGGUUCCUCCCCCAGCCAGCACGGGAGCCUCCCAGCCUCCUGCAGCCCUCACCUCUCAGGGUAGUCCCAGGCCCUGGAGCUCCGAGGGUCAUCCCCAUGCCCACCCCUCCAUCUCCACCCUGCGCUUCGAGGUGUUGUUGGUGGGAAGCUGCAGCUGCCUGAGGAAGGAAAUAAAAGACAACACUUG